GACGCGCUUUGAUUACAUAUGCUGUGAGCACAAGUGUGUUGUCUCGAUCUCAACAGAACUAUCAUAUAAACGCUGUGCUUUAGAAUCUAUGAUCUUUUCCCUAAGAUGAUCCCUUUCAGCAAGUUGUUGGCUAAAGUGGAAAGGCUGAAGACUUGCCUAUUAUUUGCUCCACUAGGUUCUUCUUCAUACUUCACUAAAGCAUGGCUAUCUAGUAAAAUCUCUAAACAUCAUGAGAGAAACAUUCUCCUGAUGGGUCCUCCUGGAGCAGGGAAGACCUGUGUGGGGAAGAUUGUGGGACACAUGUUAGGGAUGCCUGUUAUUGAUAUUGAUGAUGACGUUCUUGAAAAAACAUGGAGUAUGAGUGUGUCAGAGAAGCUCUUUGAGGUGGGUGGAGAGCGUUUCAUUGAAGAAGAAGGUCAAGCAGUCUGCAACUUCACUGCGACAGAAAGUGUCAUUUCACUGACUGGCUCCAAUCCACUGCAUAUGGACGCCAUGCAGCAUCUGAAGCGCUCUGGACUGGUCGUGUAUCUGGAUGUGGAUAUAGAGGAUAUUUUGUUAAGGCUCUCCAGAAUGAAGUUGAACAGAAUCGUUGGUCAGGACACUGGUGUUUCUAUGCGAGAGAUAUUACAGUACAGGAAACAGUUUUAUGAGAAAUGGCUGGAUGCUCGAGUGCUUUGUGGGACUGGAGACUCUGUUGAGGAAGUGGCCGAUAAAGUUCUGAGGACUCUCAGUAGGUAUGAGGACUCAGAAUCAGAGACGUUUGUCUCAACAAGAAGCCUUGAGUCAAGUAAAAAUGAUGUUGCAACAAGUGACCCCAAGUUCUUUAGUGAUGUUGUUGUAGAGGGUCUUGCACCAGAUGGAGGACUUUACGUACCAAAGAAAGGAUUUCCCAAACUGGAACCUUCUGUGUGGUUGAGAAUCGCCGACUUGCCAUAUGCUAGCAGAGCUUUGACCAUAUUGGAAAACUGUAUCCAUCCAAUGGAUGUGUCUGCUGUAGAUUUGAGUGCAAUGGUGCAUCGUGCCUAUGGGCGAAACUUCGCUAGUCAAUCAGUUGUACCUCUUAAACACCUAACCGAGAAUCAGUAUAUUCUUGAACUUUUCCACGGCCCCACUGCGUCUUUCAAAGACCUUGCUCUGCAACUAAUGCCACAACUUUUUGCACACUGCCUUCCGCAGAUGUGCAACUACCUCAUUCUUGUCGCAACAUCUGGGGACACCGGAAGCGCAGUGUUGAAUGGCUUCAGGAAUCUCAAAGACUGUGACCGUGAGAGGAUCGGUGUACUUGUGUUCUUUCCAGAGAAGGGCGUGAGCGAAAUUCAGAAGCUACAGAUGACCGGGUUUCAAGACAGCAAUGCCAGGUCUGCCAGCAUCUUGUCCGAUUUUGAUUUCUGCCAGAGGACCAUUAAGCGAAUGUUUGGGGACUCAAGCUUGACGGGACACAUAGCAGUUGAAUAUGCCACGGUUCUUAGCACGGCAAACUCAAUAAACUGGGCUCGACUGCUGCCACAGGUGGUGUACCACUGUUCAGCGUACCUGGACCUGCUUCGAAAUCGAGUGCUGAAGUUUGGUGAUCCCAUUGAUGUGUGCAUCCCAACUGGAAACUUUGGCAAUGCCAUGUCAGCCUUGUACGCAAAACAAAUGGGAAUUCCAAUACGGAAGGUGAUCUGUGCAUCCAAUCAAAACUGCGUUGUAUCCGACUUUAUCGCUAGCGGCAAAUACGAUCUCAGCGGCAGGAAGUUGCUUGUUUCAAACUCUCCUGCCAUAGAUAUCCUCAUGUCUUCGAAUCUUGAGAGAUUUAUCCAUUAUGUGUCCGAUGGGGAUGGGGGUCUUGUCAGAGAUCUGUUCUUGAAUCUAGAAAGAGAUCAGUUCUUUAAAGUACCAGAGGAUUUACGGCAGAAGAUUCAUCUGGAAGUUCAAGCAGGUUGGUCCUCAGAGGUCGACUGUUUGCAGGCUAUUUGUGAGGUGCAUGCAAGAACAGGCUACAUUAUGGACACUCACACAGCAGUUGGCAAAGUGGUCGCCGACCAUUUGCAUGACAAAACCUGCCCGCUUGUGAUAUGCUCCACUGCACACCAUGGGAAGUUUGCCCCAGCUGUCUUAAAAGCUCUCCAGUGUCCAGAUAUCCCACAGGACCCUGUUAAGCAGUUAGAGAAACUCUGCAUCAUUGGAGGACGAGAACAGAUGCAUGACGCUCUGCUGAAGUGUUUAAGAAACAGUGGAAAUCAUCUGCAUAAAGUGUGCCCAGCUGAUUUUAGUAUGCUUGCAGAUGAAGUAGAAACUAUGAUACAAGACUCAUUUCUGAAAGUUUAGUGAGAUCCGCAAUACUGUGAAUAUCCUAUAGAUGGAGAUGUAUGUCAAGAAACUGUUCAUCAGUUCAUGCAAUUCUUUGCACACAGAGGCAUGAUUGCAGUGUCAUAUAUUUUUACAGUGCAGUUCUGCUAGUGUCACAAUGUUCAGAUUGAAAUACUGUGCAAUACAGUUUUAUAUACAUCUUAUUAUUUCAAGUAGUAUGAGAAACAAUGCAACAAUAAACAAUUCAAACAGU